GUAACCUUCUGAGAGCUCAGUCGUGCACAGGGCGAAGCGUUAGCAGUGAUGUCCGCGUGACACGUUUGAGCAAAAUCUUUUGCGUUGGUGUGAAAGAAUCUCUCGGAGAAAGCAAAGGUGUGGUGUUCAGUUUUCAGUCGGGGGACCAACUCCCGUGGUUUUUGGGGGAGUGAGAUUUAUGCUUUUAGGUUUUUAUUCGUGGUUUUACAUCUUUGUUCAUGAUAUAUGGAUGUAGCGAAAGAUCAGUAAUACUCCAUCCGAAAAGGAAAGAAGUUUGGGGCCCACUUGCCUCUGUACCUGAGCAGGAAGUUGGUAUUUGAAGCAUUGCCGGACACAUAUAAGGUGCAUGCGUCAUAAUGUAUGAGUGAUACAAAAACACUUUUGUGUAACUUCCCACGCUCUAGCAAGAUACUUGAAUCCUUCACUCAGGUAAGGACGCGGAUCCUAUCGGAGUCCUUUCUGAUCCUGAAGUUGAUGGCCAGGUAAGCGAUUCACAGCGGGGGCUCGACUAAUUAAUGGCUUACCUGUCUGAGUACAGUACACUACGGGAUGCUUUGGAUGCCAGGUCCUGUUGGAAUUGAUAACACUGUCUCGUGUGCUCGUAAGCAGGUGGAAGUUCGGAUAAGCUGUCCGGUAUCUGGAAAAUAAAUUAGGGAAAUUAUCAUCCCUCUAAAUUGUAGCAGAAAAUCAGUCAACAGGUAAGAACAUGAAUCGUGGAUGGAAUUCAUUAUCUCAAAAGUUCACUCAUUUUUUUCGACUUCAGAUGUUGGCGAGAGGGCAAUCUGACAGCUGCUAAGUAACAGGAUACUUUCAACCAAAGAUCAAGGACUCGUAGGAGAAACGAUCUGGUGCAGCAAGUGGCUUGCAGGGAAGAUUCGGGCAUUUGUUUUGCUUGGAUCUGCCACCAUCUUACCACUCCCAGUUCACGUGUAUGAAGCGAGGUGACUCUACCUAGUCCUUAUUUUGGCCGGAUUUUUAUGUGACCAGCUGUUAACUUUUAUCAUCAUCAAGUGGAAGGGUAAUAGUGUCUUGGUUAUUUUUCGAAGGCAACGAUCAUUUUCAUGUUAAAAUAAAACAUCAUCUGUGGAACCUUGAAUGAUCUUUAUGCUGAAGGUUAGAAUCUGUCAUCGAAUUCAGUUGUGUGAUGGUUAAUAUUACAAGUGUCCUUUUGCGAACGGAAUCUGUGAGCACUUUAUCACACUGUUCUAGCGAAGAGUCAAAACGAAAUUCUUGAAAUCUUUUGGAGAUGAAUUGCUUUGAAAUCUUUGGAAUUUUGCCGUUCAUGGAAAGGAAUCUCCAAUAAAAAGUUAAAUUUUUUGGAAUAUGGUUCUCGCUGGAACUCCCACGCGAAGUGCUUGCUGACGGUUUGACAUUGACAUUUUGUGCUCAUACAAGAAAACAAAAAAAGGAAAAUGAAGUAACGACUUGUUUUAGUGAUUUCUUGUGUUUUACGUUUUAUAGAAAGCUGAAGAAAAAAGAGAUGUUAGUAUAAUUUUCAUGUAGCUUUUUUCAUUUUCAUUUCUGAAAUCAUUCUGUUCUGUUGCCUGGAAGUGAACUCACUGUAAGUUAUUCAGAAAAGAGUAGAGAGGAAUAAAGCAGAGGUUAAGAAAGAAAAGAGAUGACAGGAGGAGGAGCCCGACAGGAGCCAGACUCGUAGAUCAAGCGCAAAUCAUCAACUCGGUCCCUUCUGGGCAGGUUCUUGGCCCAAGGAGACAGAAGAGGAGCCAAAAAAUUAGCCUCUCGCAGAAGGCCUGUCAGAGGUGGAGGGGCCCAAACUGAACUCCCCUUUUUUAUAUAUACCCUCGUAGAGUGCUUCUUCUCCUUUCCCUGUUACCCACUCUAUUUUUCCUCGCCCCUCUCCCCUUCCCUUUUCAAUCCUUGGCAAGGAGAUCUAACCGAAAGAGACGCUGGACGGCCUGGAAGAAAUUUGGAGACCUCCCACCCCGCCAGCGGCGCUUUGCCCUCGCCCGCUCGUCCGUGGAGUCGACUAUCCUAUGGCGCUGGUGCUUAACGACGUGCUGGGUGUGGGGCUGCAGGUGGUGGACUUCAGCAUGAGCUAUAUGCCCACUUCUGUACCAUACAUGCCGUUCCCUGCUCCCUCACCAACUCAUCAGCCACCAACGUACGUCAUGAGCUCAGGAAUGAGCGUCAGCACUACCACUGGAGGUCUGUCACCAAGUUCAGCGAUAUUAGCGUCAGUUGAUGUAUCCAAUGACCCAGUCACGAAAGCUGUUAUGGAAAAUGUUAUGGGGCGUUUGCCAACAAAGAAACCCAGGGUAACUGUGCGAUGUGAAGUGUGCAAUUUAGAAUUUUCAUCCCAAACAGUAUUAAGUUCUCACACAGCUGGCUCAAAACAUCAGCGUAAAGUAAAAUCACAAGAUUUACUACGAUCUUUAGAAGAAAAAGAGAAGGGUUUUGAAAGAGAUGAUGUUAGUGGUGUUAUUCGGUGUACUGUAUGUGAUGUAACUGUCAAUUCUCCUCAGCUUUUAGCAACUCACAUUGCUGGAAAUAAGCACAAACAAAGGGCUAACAAGAAGGCGGGGGGUGCAACAAAUGGUCCACCUGCGAAAAAAAUGUGCACGGGUGCAGGGGUCACAGGGCAGGAGGUAAGCGCAGCCGCCAAUGGAGGAAGUUCGCUGACUAUAGACAUCCCUGACUGUGUACAAAAGCUGGAGGAAACAAAGGGUGGUGGCAAAUACGUCUGCAAUCCCUGCCAGGCACACUGCAAUUCAGAACAGCAAUUAGCACAGCACUUGAAAUCCCGCAAGCAUUUAGAUAUAACAAGCGGAAACAAAGAGAAGAGGAAAUCAAAAGGUGGCUAUUUUUGGAGAGGAGGUAGGCGACGUCCUGCAUUCCGGGGGGGACCCCGCCCAAGGGGACGAGGACGCCCGAUAUCUCAUACUUACACUCAACCCCUCUCUAGUAACUUUGUUGCUGGGGGCGCAUUACUGUGAGGACUUAAAAAAUCAUAAGUAGGCAUAGUAGUGCUGUUAUGUGGGAUUUGUAAGAAUAAAGGUGGACAGGUAUAUUGAAAAGUGUUCAGGUCUGAUCGUUGCCCUACUCUGUAGCCAGUAUAUAGGUGUAAACUUAAAAUAUGUAGAUUUUAGUUAUGAAAUUUAAAAAAAAAUUUAAGCUAGAGGGAGGUUUCUUGUAUUUUGUUAAAAUGGAAAUUUGUUUUCAUGCAGAUUGAAAUUGCAGAAUGAGUAGUGAUAUUGGAACUGAAGAGACAUAAAAGCAGACAUUUAGAUUUUUUUUAGCAACUGUUGAUUGCAGAUAUGGUCUGUAGUUUUGUCACAACUCAUUUUUCAUUUAUGGUACAUUUUAGUGCAGCUGCAGAUAUAUGUUAAUGUUUCUUUUUUAUGAUCACAUGUUUCAGCAGUGUUGAGAAUCUAGAAUGCAAAUCAUUUUUUAAUUAAAAUCAGGUUGCCAUGGAACCUGUAAAACCUCUACAUUAUCAGCUUGUCACUUGUUUCUGUAGUACACAGCUUCUAAAAGUAUGUUCUCUUGAAAUCAAAAUCCUUCUUGCAUAACCCAUUUCAGAUUGUAGAAUAGUUAGGAAAAUUUGGCUUUCUUUGGAGUUUUUUAUAAGUUAAAUGUGGAAACUUCAGAAUUGCCAGACAAAGACCUUAUAUAUUUUUAUUUAGGUUAGAUUUUGCAAAACAUUUGGAAUAUAU